AUGGUUUGCCAUAUGACCGACAGUCAGGCAGUCCAGCAUACAACCAACUACGGUACCUACCUACCACCAAGCCCUCUUCUUCUCAUCUUGUCUAAAGGUAUCGCCAUACCUGCCCUUAUCGCACUCGUCUAUCUAUCUAUGGCAGACUCCAGAGGCAGCAGCGAGGGCAAGGUCCACACUAUCAACAGUGUUGGCAUGGGAAGACUGACUGGCAAGAACGCCAUUGUCACCGGAGCUGCCGGAGGUAUCGGUCUCGAGACAUGUAUUCUCUUCGCCAAAGAAGGCGCCAACGUCCUCAUGGCCGACAUCUCCUCCGCAGCCCUCGAUAAAGCCUCCACCAAGCUGAAACAACUCGUCCCAUCCGCCCUCAAAGUCGAGAUCAAGGUCUGCGACGUCUCCAAGGAAGCCGACGUCCAAGCCCUCGUUGAGACCGUCGACGCUUGGGGUGGCGUAGAUGUCAUGUUCAACAACGCAGGCAUCAUGCACGCUGACGACGCCGACGCCAUCGACACUUCUGAGAAGAUCUGGGAUCUGACGCAAGCCAUCAACGUCAAGGGCGUGUGGUUCGGCUGCAAGCACGCCGUAAUUUCCAUGCGCAAGUUCAAGAAGACCAAGGGCUCUAUUAUCAACACCGCCUCCGUGGUUGCCUUGGUUGGAUCGGCCACUCCUCAACUUGCAUACACUGCGUCUAAGGGUGCUGUGUUGGCGCUGACGAGAGAGCUGGCUAUUGUGCAUGCGAGAGAGGGCUUGAGAUUCAAUGCUCUGUGCCCCGCUCCGCUUAACACACCGUUGCUGCAGGACUGGUUGGGCGAUGAUAAGCCUAAGAGGCAGCGACGCGAGAUUCAUUUCCCGAGCGGUCGCUUUGGUGAGGCUAUCGAGCAGGCGAAUGCCGUUCUGUUCCUGGCGAGCGACGAGUCGAGCUUCAUCAACGGUCAGGACUUUGUCGUCGACGGCGGCAUGACCAAAGCCUACGUUACCCCCGAAGGCCCACCCCUCGCUGGACCCAAGAACAACGCCCUGCUCUCCGAGCAAGUCGACGCUAUCCGCGGCACCGGCAUCUAA